GAUGCGGCCUCCGACGGCCAGAUGCGCCAGCAGCUCAAGUCGCUCGAUCACCAGAUCCAGACGGCUACGAAUGAGCUCACGCGCUGUGGCGAGUUGGCCGUGUGGUCCACGCUGCUGGACCAGCUGCGGGCUGAGCGCUCCUCCGUCCAGGCCAAGCUGCUCGCCGCCACGCCCCACGGUGUGCGCAUGCAAGUGCGCACGGCCAAGGUUCAGCGCCAGGAGGCCGACAUUGCAAAGCAGGAGGCCGCGCUGCGGGUCCAGGCUGAGCAGAUCGAGAAGCUCGUGGCGGCCAAGCGUGACGCCGAACAGGGCCUGGAGCAGCAGCGCCUGGAGCUCGUCCGGUUCGACGCGGAGCUUCACCAGCUGUGCGCUGCCCAGGGCCUCGGGCUCCAGCUGGACAAGGCCACGCAGGUCGCUCCGCAGCUGGCUGCACAGCUCGGCCACUGCACGAUGCAGCACAUGGCCCAGGCGGUGCCAGCGCCCAUGGGCG